AGCAUAUUAGCAUCGGAGAUGGGGCGACACAGUCGGUACAAAUCCAAACUKUGUGUAUUGCUUUAUGGGUUUGGAUGUUUUUGUAUGACAUGUUAUGUAUUUAAAGUAAAUUUGUAAUCGUUGUUAAUAAAAAAAAAACCGCGGAAGCUGCAUUAGUGUCGGAUCUGCUACAAUACAAGUUGUUAGCAGGCGCGCUUCCUCCAUUGUUAUUGAACACUGUUGUGUUCAUUUCGUUUUUUUUAAAGAAGGCGUCGUUUUGUGACCGACGAGAAUGCCUUUAGGUUUAAAGCCGUGCUGCUCCGUCUGUAAGACGAACUCUUCCUCGAUGUGGAAGAAGGGAAGCCAGGGUGAGAUACUGUGCAACAACUGCACAGGGAAGAGCAGCUGCGGCGGGGGCGCUGCAGGACCCUCCCUCUCGUCCAGCCAGCAGCCCAGCAACGGCGGGGGGAAACAGGUCAGUCACACUGAGUCCAAACAGGAGAUCCACAGGAGGUCUGCACGRCUGAGAAGCACCAAGUACAAAGCCCCUGCUUCUGAGAAAAAAGUCUCAACAAAAGGAAAAGGAAGAAGACACAUAUUUAAACUAAAAAAUCCCAUCAAAGCACCAGAAUCCGUAGCAACAAUCAUCACAUCCGAAUCUAUAUUUUAUAAGGGUGUCUACUACCAGGUAGGUGACGUGAUCAGGGUGAUCGACGAGGAGGACGGGAAGUCGUACUACGCUCAGAUCCGAGGAUUUGUGCAAGACCAGUACUGUGAGAAGAGUGCUGCGCUGACGUGGCUCAUUCCCACUCAGGCCAGUCCAAACGACCAGUUUGAUCCUGGAACUUACAUCGUGGGUCCAGAGGAGGAUCUGCCCAGAAAGAUGGAGUACCUGGAGUUCGUGUGUCACGCCCCGUCUGAAUAUUUCAAGUCCCAGAGCUCCCCGUUCCCCACCAUUCCCAUUUGUCCUGAGAARGGCUACAUCUGGACUCACAUAGGAUCCACACCAGCACUCACUGUCAAAGAGUCUGUCAGCAGCGCCAGUUAACAGGACUGUGUAUGGAGCAAUAUGUACAUUUGUGUAUUAUAAAGAAAAAACUGUUAGUCCACUUUAAAGGCAAGCUGCAAUUUGAUAUGAGACAAACCAUGUGUAUUGACAUUUUAAGCAAGUUUAUACAGAUAAAACAUUGGAAUACUAGUUUUGUAUUUGAUAAUAAACWGUGGAAAUCA